UUCACAACAAUCACAAAUCGCAUGUUCCAUUCAGCAUUCGGCAAAUAAAAAAUAGUAACUCAUCAUUCAACAAAUAUUAAUUGAAAAAUAAAGAUGACGAAACUAGUCAAUAAAGAUGCCGAACGUCUUAACCCAUGUCUUAAGGAGCAAGAACAGUCAUACCAGUGUUUAAAUAAGAAUGGAUAUGAUCAGUCGAAAUGUGAAGAGUACUUUGACAACUAUAAUACAUGCAAAAAGUUUUGGGGUAAAGUAUACCGGGAUAGAAAAGCUCAAGGAUUGUACCCAUAUUUGCCAGAUGUUGAAGAGAGAGCUAAAAUAAAGGCACAAUAUUUUGGAGCUGUUAAGAGUUCUAUUUCCUAACAAUAAAUAUAGUAAAUAUAGACUUAUUUUUUAACUAAACAGAUGUGGCCAAUGGAAAACAGAAAACUUGUAUAAUAUAUUUUAAUACCUUGCAUUUUUAAGUUAGUUUAACACAAGAUAUGUAGUUUGUUUUUUAAAGAAUGGAUGUAGAAAAUGUGUAUUUAAACAGAUUUAUAGAAAAAUUAUACUUAUGUUUACACCAUAUUCAAGGCAAACUUGAACUAGGACGAGAUAUUUUUCCAAUUUUGGGACAGUUACAAGCAUAUAUCAAGAGAAUUUUAAGGUACAAGAUGGUUAUUAACAUAGACAUUUUAACUGCAGAAAUGAUUUUCGCAUCAUUCUAUAUCUAUUGCAUUUUAACAAAUGUGUUGCCAGGUAGUAGGAAAUCUGUUUUGUUAUACAUCUUAUUGAUUGCUGUGUUGACUUACUCACAGGAGUUUCCUAGUGACUAAAUAUAUUUUUCAUGAGACAGUU